AUGGCGACAACUUCGGGGCACAUCACAAGUCAACCCGUCCGUACCAUCUUCGAAGCCAUCGAGGCUCGCCUACCCUCCCGCCUCGAGCUUUUCUCCAGAUUAGCAAAACAAUAUUCCGAUGUCACCCUACACAAUAUGACCGUCGGCCAGGUCCUAGGGGGCAUGCGCGGCCUUCCCUGCGUUCUCUGGGAAGUAUCAGGAACAGAAAAAGCAGGCAUCCGCUACCACGGAAAGUCGCUCAAGGAGUUGCUUGAGAUCCUUCCUAGAUGGCGCGGCUCCGAACAGAUAUCGCCCGAGGCAAUGAUCUGGUACCUCUACACUGGGACGGUCCCUACGCGAACAGAACUCGAGGUGUUCGCCGCCGACCUCGCACGUCGCGCGGAACCCCCUGUGGAGGUCGAGGAGUUCUGCGACAGCCUCUCGCCCGACAUCGCCUCCGCGACGCAGCUCAUGAUGUGCCUCAGCGUGUGGGGGAAUCACUCCAAGUUCUCCGCGGCGCUUGUGCAGGGCGCGCCGCGCGCCGAGCUCUGGCGACACGCGCUCGAGGACGCGCUCGACAGCCAUUCAUGCACGUCCGUAAUCUCUGCGCGCAUAUACGCAAACAAAUACCGCGAUGGCCGCGAUCGCACGACUCCGCUGAACCCCCAGGGCGACAUUGCGGAAAACUUCGCGAUCCGCAUGGGCCGCGCCGGCGACCACGACUUCACGGAGCUCAUCCGUAUGUAUUGGUCGCUGCACAUGGACCACGGCGCGAACGUCUCCGCGCACACCAUGCGGCUCAGCAGCUCGGCGUGGACGGACCCAUACCUCACGCUAGCCUCUGGGCUUAUCGCCGGCACGGGCAUCCUGCACGCAGGCGCCAUCUCGCAGGCGCUGCGCUACAACCAGGCGAUGGCGGCGGCCCUCGGGCCCGAGCCGUCCGCGCAGGCGGUCGAGGCGUACAUCUGCCGGACGCUUGAGAAGGGGCUCGUCGUGCCGGGCUACGGGCACGCGCUGCUGCGCGACGUCGACCCGCGGCUCGAGCCGAUCACGCGCUUCAUCAACUCGCGCCCCGUACCCGCGUCCGCGUCGGGCGAGCAGGGCCACAUGCUGAGGCUCAUCGGGCGCAACAGCACCAUCGUGCCCGAGAUCCUGCGCCGGCGCGUCCCGCGCAUGAAGAGCACGGCGCCGAACGUCGACUCGCUGAGCGGCUGCUUGAUGUACGCGCACGGGCUCGAGAUCGACUUCAUCCUCCUCGUCAUGGGCUGCAGCCGCGGCAUGGGAUUUAUGACCCAAUAUGUGUGGGACAGAGCUCUCGGCUUGGCCAUCGAGCGACCUCUGAGCAUCACGAUGGACCAGAUCAUGGCGAAAAUGUAA